GGGGACGUUGGGAAGCUUGUCGAGAAGCAGCCAGACUUGCAUACUCUUCCGUUCGCAAGAACGCUAGUCUACAGUUUUGAGGAGGGAAGGAAACGCUUCGUCACAUUUUAGCAGCCGCCAAAGCUAUAUCUAUUUUCCCACAUCGCAAGGAAUUUCGAGCACGAUGGUGAUCAAAGUUUACAUCGCGUCGUCAUCCGGAUCAACCUCAAUCAAGAAACAGCAGCAGGAUGUCAUGGGGUUCCUGGCAGCCAAUAAGAUUGAUUUUGAGGAACGUGACAUUGCAGCCGAUGAAGAGAACAGGAAAUGGAUGCGGGAAAAUGUACCAGAAGAUCAUCGACCAGCCACAGGGAACCCUCUCCCACCUCAGAUUUUCAAUGAGGAGAGAUACUGUGGGAACUACGAGGCCUUUUUUGAUGCACGAGAAGAGAACGCUGUGUAUGCUUUUCUAGGCUUGACUGCUCCCCCAGGUUCUAAGGAAGCAGAGGCUCUAGCCAAAAAAGAGCAGCAAUAGUCCACAACAUUUUCAAUUACCUGCUAUGUCCUGGCCUGCAGCUAGACUCUACUGUUUUGUUUCUAAACUAUCCAGAUACAGUAAUAUGUGCUUUCAGUCCUACAAUUUUACACCUUCAUAUUACUCAAUCUCCACAUCAAAUUAGAUAAGGCAGUUCUGGUCCUACCUGCUCUUAUGUCUUACAGACUGUGAGAAGGUCUUACAACUGUGCAUUACUUGCUCUUUACUAGUUGUCACAAUUACUUGCCUGCCAGCCUCUUGUUUGUGAAGUUGAAAAAGUAUUCUACUGUCUGUUUCAUUGUAUACAUUUGUAUUAUGGUAUUCAUUUAUCAUGUGCUAUAAGCAAGUGAUUGAUUAGUGCCUGCAUUUUAACACAGAUUGCACUUGCACUUACAUUUCAUCAGAAUGAAUACUGUAAAUUCAUGUUUGAGUUUAAAACAAAUAUUCCCUGUUAAACAACAUAAAGGGCUACAGUAGGUAGUAAACAUUUAUCGUCUCUGUUAGCACUAGUCUAGUCACUCAUGCUUUAAGUUCACUAUUUUGUGUCAAAAGAUGCCUUUUUGUCUUUCAGUGUUUGAGCUUUUGGUGACCUUUAAAGGUACACUACGUAUAACAAUAUGAAGAUUCAAUGUUGAGUUUAGUUUCAUUUCUUGUACCAAAUUAGCAAUUUCUUGGUAGCUUCUUUAAAAUCAGGAGUCAGUUUGGUUAUGAAAUCUCACUGUCAGUAUGUACAGUACCAGUCAAAAGUUUGGAUACACCUACUCCUUCAUAGGUUUUUCUGCAUUUUGACUAUUUUCUAUAUUGCUGAACAGUACUGAAAACAUCAAACCUAUGAAAUAACAUAUGGAAUUAUGUGGUAAAUAAAGUGUUAAAAAGCAAAAUAUAUUUCAUAUUUUAGAUUCUUCAAAGUUGCCAGUGUUUACCUUGACAGCUUUGCACACUAUUGGCAUUAUCUUAACCAGCUUCCGAAGGUAGUCACCUGGAAUGCUUUUCAAUUAACAGCUGUGCCUUGUCAAAAGUUCAUUAGUGGAAUUUCUUUCCUUCUUAAUGCAUUUAACAUCAAACAGUAAAUAGUUUAAAAAAAAAAAAAGGUUAACCCUGUUCAAUUGUAGAAAUCCAUAUUGUCAAGAACCACUCAAAUAAAUAGAGAAAUGACAGUCCAACAUUACUUUAAGACAUGAAGUGUCUUUUAAUUAAAUUAACAUAAAGAAAAAACACUGAAUAAGAAGAUAUGUCCAAACUUUUGACUGGUACUGUAUAUCAUAAUUUUAUGCACAGUUUGAUAAAUGUGAGGUCCCAGUAUCAACUAUAAUCAUUAUACUUGUAUAUUGUUCAGCAUAAGUAUUACUUAGUGUACCUUUAACUCAUUCUUUAGAGUGUCUUAAUAGUGUACUUUUUUUCUACUUUAUGAGCAAAUAGAAAAUAUGCCAAAAAGCUUUUUAAAAAAUUGUAUUAUUGAAGGGGGCAGGACAAUAAAGCAUUGUUUUCAUUAAAA